GUACACGAUGCCUUCAUGACGUACACAGUGUAUGAUGACAUCAUCACCAUUAAGCUCAUCCAGGAGGCGUGCAACAUUCUGGGAGUCUCCAUGGAAGCCAUCCUGAAACUCUUUGGAGAAUACUUCUUUCAAUUCUGUAAGAUGUCUGGCUAUGACAGGAUGCUUCGGACACUCGGGGGAAAUCUCAUGGAGUUUAUUGAAAACCUGGAUGCCCUCCACAGUUACCUGGCACUCUCCUAUCAGGAGAUGAACGCACCAUCGUUUCAUGUGGAGAGAGGAACAGACGGGAAAAUGUUUCUCCAUUACUACUCGGAUAGAAGCGGUCUGUGCCACAUUGUCCCAGGUAUCAUUGAGGCUGUGGCCAAAGACUUCUUUGACGUUGAUGUAACCAUGGACAUUCUUGACAUGAAUGAAGAAGUGGAGAGGACAGGGAAGAAGGAGCAUGUUGUGUUUCUGAUUGUACAAAAGGCUCGCGGGAAGACGAGAAAGAUAAAGACAAACAGUUUACAAGACAAUCAGGGCAUCAAGAGAGACCAGGAGGCCUUCCAGGCAGCUCUUCUCAGAAUAAAGGAGAAAUAUUCGAGUAUUUCUGCUUGUCCUGUGAAAAAAUCCCACUGGGAUGUUGUGAGAAGCACAGUCACGUUUGGAAAAGUGCAUGUCACGAAUGCCUUGGAGCCAGUUUAUCCUGAGAGACUCUGGAUCGAAGAGAAGACAUUCUGCAAUGCUUUUCCUUUCCACAUUGUAUUUGAUGAAUCACUACAGGUCAAGCAAGCCGGAGUGAACAUUCAGAAGUAUGUACCAGGACUCCAAGCCCAGAAGAUUCAACUGAAUGAGUAUUUCUCCAUCAUUCAUCCUCAAAUUACCUUCAACAUUUUCAGCAUCCGCAAAUUUAUCAACAGUCAAUUUGUCCUGAAGACACGAAGAGAAAUGAUGCCUGCAGCAUGGCAAAGUCAGCGCACACUCAAACUUCGAGGCCAGAUGAUCUGGAUGGAGUCCAUGCGAUGCAUGGUGUACCUGUGUUCUCCGAAGCUCCACAGCCUGCAAGAGCUGGAAGAAUGCAAUAUGCAUCUUUCUGACAUCGCCCUCCAUGACACCACCAGGGAUCUCAUCCUCCUGAACCAGCAGCGGCUGGCUGAGAUGGAGCUGUCCAACCAGCUGGAGAGGAAGAAGGAAGAGCUGCGGGUCCUCUCCAAGCACUUGGCCAUUGAAAAGGAGAAAACAGAGACUUUGCUUUAUGCCAUGCUGCCUAAACAUGUGGCCAGCCAGCUGAAGGAGGGCAAAAAGGUGGCUGCAGGAGAAUUUAAAAGCUGCACAAUCCUUUUCAGCGAUGUGGUGACAUUUACCAACAUCUGUGCUGCCUGUGAACCUAUACAGAUAGUGAACAUGCUGAACUCCAUGUACUCCAAGUUUGACAGAUUAACCAAUGUGCACGCGGUCUAUAAAGUAGAAACAAUUGGAGAUGCUUAUAUGGUGGUAGGAGGUGUACCAGUGCCUAUUGGAAGCCAUGCUCAAAGAGUGGCUAAUUUUGCCUUGGGGAUGAGGAUUUCUGCAAAGGAAGUGAUGAAUCCUGUUACUGGAGAACCCAUCCAGAUCAGAGUGGGUGUCCAUACUGGACCAGUCUUAGCAGGUGUUGUGGGAGACAAGAUGCCACGGUACUGCUUGUUUGGUGACACUGUGAACACAGCUUCUAGGAUGGAAAGUCAUGGGCUUCCCAACAAAAUACACCUCAGUCCCACAACCUACAGAGCCUUGAAAAAUCAAGGAUUUCAAAUCAUCGAGAGGGGUGAAAUCGAAGUGAAAGGUAAAGGGAAAAUGACCACAUACUUUUUGAUCCAGAACUUGAAUGCCACAGAGGACGAGAUCCUGGGGAGACCUAAAACCCCACGUGAUCACAAGGGGUCAACACAGGGAGCGUCCCUGCCCACCACCAUGCUCCAAGGCUCAGUUCAACCAUCUUGCCCUGAACACCCUUCUCUUGCAUCCUGGUUAUUAUGA